CUGGUCGGUUUGGUACUGAAAACUCUGUUGGUGAAGUAACAGCACUUGAGAACAUGGAUUUGAAAUAUAUACAUCAAGCAAUGGAAGCUCCACACAAAGAUUUGGAGAUGGCAGGAUUACAGCCUACAAUGGAAAUGGUAGAACUCUUUGCUCAUCAAUUGCCAGAUGUUAAAGAAUUUGCGAUUCUAUUGGAAAAAUUUGAAGAUUUAGCUCGUGUAGAUGGUCAAUACUUUUUGUGCAAUUUUCAUACGCAAAAGCUUAUUGCAAAUUCAAUUGAACCUAUUCCCUUGACUAUUCCCGAACGAUUUAUUUUUGUUACCGGGCCUAUAAACACAUCAGAUCAACGUAUUAUGAAAAACGUACAAAAGUUUGCUAUGUUGCAUAGUCAAGGAAGGCCUUGUAAUAUCUCAAAAAUAGUCACACUUCCGGAAAAAGUACCCCAAAAUGAUGAUAUGCUUGGCGAACUUGAAUCCGUUCAUCGUACACUCAUGUUAUAUCUAUGGUUAAG